UCAUCCAGAGUACGACCUCUGGCGAGUCAGCCGCCCCACCGAGGGCACCAUGAAGAGCACGAAGAAGAAGGCGUCCAACGCGAAGAAGCAGGGCAAGCGCGCAGCGGCUGCAGAGGCGGCGGCGCGGAAGGCUGCGGCGGCGGCGGCCGCUGCAGAGGCGGCCGCUCAGGCGGCUGCUCAGGCCGCUCAGGCGGCCGCUCUCGGACGUUACAGGUUGGUCAAUGCUUGGUACUUUCCUCGCGGCGACUGGUACACCCUCUACUGGGACGGCAGCACGGCCGACAAGGUCGCAAGGCGCGCUACCUACCCGACGCUCGAGCACGACGACCACGACCCCGGCCCCCUCGCAGAGCGCAUCAGGCGCGACAAGCGCGAGCGGUCCGACCGCUCCUCCGACGACUCCUCCUCCGACCGCGACUCAUGCGGCACCGGCUCCACUAGCGAGGCGAAUGACAUAUUCGACACCCUCGAAGACCAUCUCGGCUACGGUUCCGACUCCGGCUCCGGCUGGUAG